GUUUUGUUUGUUUCUAUUAUAAAAUUUUGCAAAGAGUACAAAACAAGGCUUGUGAGAGAAUAUGUGUACCAGGGGCGGACUGACAACUCAUGGGGCCCCCGGGCAAUAGGGGAUCAUGGGGCCCCUGUGUCCUUGCCCAAACUCAAAAAAGCCUAUGAAAAAGGUACCAAGGGCAUCUCAUGGGGCCCCCUACUGACCCUGGGCCCUCGGGCAGUGCCCGAGUUUCUAAAU